CGAGUCCAUGGCUCGGCACGGCCAUUUGUCUAUGAUGGGCAAAGAAAUUUACAUGUCAAAGUCAAAAUGACAGUUUUGGACAAAAGUAACCUUACUUCUUCAUCAGAUCAAUCCUGGAAAUAGAGAAAGGAUUUCUAAAAGUUCUGUAUAAUUAACUAAAUAAAUAAAAUAAACAUAUGCACAUAACAUAAAAAUGCUUUCAAUUAAACGCUUGCCGGCGUUAUCUGCAUCUAAAAUACAGCCAAAACAAAACUUUUUAGUGAGAAAUACAGUCGUGGAAAGACAUAUAAAUAAACAGUGCCAGGAUGAUUUAAUGAAGUUGUGUAGAUCUUUCUCUUUGUUACACAGUUUAACCAGUAAAUCUAGAAACCCGCAACUACGCCAAUUCAACGCUGAGUAUAAGGCAGCUUGUGCUUUGAUUAAAAGAUCCAGUUUACCAAGACUUAGUUCAGUCUUCACUAAUAAUGUCAGAGGAUUCCGCACCAGUGCCACAGAUAGACAAAACAAAAAAGAUGAUAAAGAUGAAAAAGAUAAAAAUAAAAAGAAUGCAGAAAUGUCAUCACUGAUAAUGAAAGCAGCAUUCUGGAUGUUCACAACUUGCUUCUUGAUAAUCUUGAGCUCACUCAUUGUGCCUGGCGGAGAAAAUGGUCAAAAUGAGAUGAUACGGUAUGUAUCAUGGAACGAGUUUGUCUAUUCUAUGCUAUCCAAGGGCGAGGUCCAGGAACUGAUAGUCAGACCUGAUCUCGAAGUGGUCACAAUCAUACUCCACGAAGGUGCCAUCAUCAAGGGGAAACGGACCACACAUCGCGCGUUUCACAUGAACGUUGGCGACAUCCACCGCUUUGAGGAGAAACUUCGGGAAACUGAAAAGAAUCUAGGUGUCAAAGAAGGUGUCCGAGUGAUUUAUGACAGAAACGGCAGCGUUGCCGGUAAGGUGAUAACGACUCUACUGAUAGCAGCCGUCAUCCUCUCCUUCCUCUACUCCUCCAAGUCAAUGAGGAUGAACAUUAAUCUUGGCGGAUUUAACCAGUUAGGGCGUGCUAAGUUCACUCUAGUGGACUCCAUGAGCGGCCAGGGUAAAGGAGUCAAGUUUGAGGAUGUGGCUGGUCUGCGGGAGGCCAAGGUUGAAGUUAUGGAGUUCGUGGACUACCUUAAGAGACCUGAACAUUAUAAAAGCUUGGGAGCUAAGGUUCCUAAAGGCGCUCUAUUGUUGGGCCCUCCUGGUUGUGGCAAGACCCUGUUGGCGAAGGCUGUAGCGACAGAGGCUAACGUACCGUUCUUGUCUAUGAAUGGCUCGGAAUUCAUCGAGAUGAUUGGCGGUUUAGGCGCUGCGAGAGUCAGGGAUCUCUUCAAAGAAGCUCUAGCUCGUGCACCCUGCAUCAUCUAUAUUGAUGAGAUGGAUGCAGUAGGACGAGCCAGGUCCUCGGGCCCUACGUCCUUUGGCCCUGGAAGCGGUGAGGGGGAACAGACCCUCAACCAACUGCUGGUGGAAAUGGACGGCAUGAAAAGUCGAGAAGGUGUUGUCGUGUUGGCGUCUACUAAUAGAGCUGAUGUGUUAGAUAAGGCUCUAUUGCGUCCGGGUCGUUUCGAUCGCCACAUUCUGAUCGACUUACCCACCCUGGUGGAACGCGAGGAGAUAUUCGAAAGACAUCUCAAAAAUAUCGUGUUAGAGAAACUCCCUGACUAUUAUGUUAAAAGGCUGGCAUACUUGACACCCGGCUUUAGUGGCGCGGACAUUGCCAACGUGUGCAACGAGGCGGCCCUGCACGCAGCCAGGCACAAACAGUCCAUCGUACGCCACACCGACUUGGAAUACGCCGUCGAGAGGGUCGUGGGUGGCACAGAGAAGCGUAGUCACGCGAUGUCACCGACCGAGAAGCGAGUGGUGGCUUAUCAUGAGGCGGGACACGCUCUCACUGGCUGGUUACUGGAGCAUACUGACGCAUUGCUGAAGGUCACCAUCGUACCACGCACCAAUAUGGCUCUCGGUUUCGCACAAUACACCUCUUCAAAUCAGAAACUCUUCAAUAAAGAGGAGCUAUUCGACCGCAUGUGUAUGGCGCUGGGAGGUCGAGCGGCCGAGGCGAUCAUUUUCAACUCAAUCACCAGUGGAGCUCAGAAUGACCUCGAGAAAGUCACCAAAAUUGCUUAUGCUCAGAUACAAGUAUACGGCAUGUCACAAAAAGUGGGUCUGCUGUCGUUCCCGGACCUCAAGCAGCACGGCAUGAGUCCCUUCAGUAAGACAUUGAAGAACCUGAUGGACUUGGAAGCCAGGAAACUUAUCGGCGAAGCUUACUUUAGGACCGAGAAACUACUCCUAGAUAAUAAAGCGAAACUAAUUAUGUUGGCUGAAGAACUAUUGAAAAAAGAGACGCUAAUCUUCAAUGAUUUGCAACGCAUCCUCGGCCCGCCGCCGUUCCCACAGAAGAAGUACAUUGAGCCCGUGGAAUUUGAGACAAACCUCAAGAGUUUAGAGAACGCUACAGCACCUGACAAUACCCCCAUAGGGGCGCCCUCAGCGAAGCCCGACGGCCCUUAAUAACUGUACAUAAAGUAGAUUGUUUGUAAGUUAUAGAAAUUUUAUUAAAUCAUGUGAGUUAGAGCCUUGCAUUUUAUUGUUUUUAAUUAUAAAUACUUGUUAAUAAAUUUAAAAUGCAUAUAAAUUUCAUUUUUGUUCAUUUUCUCGUUGUGUUUGCGAUUUUUUCAAG